CGCGCCUCUCCUCGCGAGAGACGUCGUGCUCAUGCUCGCGGCGGGGGUCGGAGGUCAGGGCGAUCGUCUCGCGGGCCGGAGAAGGAAGAUGGCGGUGGAGUCGCGCGUUACCCAGGAGGAGAUCAAGAAGGAGCCGGAGAAGCCGAUCGACCGCGAGAAGACGUGCCCGCUGCUGCUCCGGGUGUUCACCACCAACAACGGCCGCCACCACCGCAUGGACGAGUUCUCCCGCGGCAACGUGCCGUCCAGCGAGCUGCAGAUCUACACCUGGAUGGAUGCAACUUUGAAAGAACUGACUAGUUUAGUAAAAGAAGUCUACCCGGAAGCCAGAAAGAAGGGCACACAUUUCAAUUUUGCAAUUGUUUUUACGGAUAUUAAAAGACCUGGUUAUCGCGUCAAGGAGAUCGGCAGCACCAUGUCCGGCAGGAAGGGGACCGAUGACUCCAUGACCCUGCAGUCCCAGAAGUUCCAGAUAGGAGAUUAUUUGGACAUAGCGAUCACCCCUCCGAAUCGGGCGCCACCACCUUCCGGGCGCAUGAGGCCAUAUUAAACGCAGUCUGCUAUCUCUUCAUUUGAUUUUUCAGUCAGCUAUGUAAAAUACGCUUACUCCUU